GAUUCACAGAUAUGUGGAUUUAUAUAUAAAUUGACAUUGCAUCCACGAUUUGAGGUAUCUCUUCCACCUCGAGUCGAGAGAACCCAGAUAUGUGGUCGAUGAGAGAUCAAUUCUACUACGUUCUUCUUCCCCCCUGUCUCUUCUUCAUCUUCCUUCUGAUCAAAUGGUUAAGCACCAUUCGAAAUCCCAGAAAAAACCUGCCACCGUCUCCCCCAAAGCUUCCCAUAAUCGGAAACCUGCACCAGCUCGGCAUAUUUCCCCAUCGCUCGCUCCAUUCACUGGCUCUAAAGCAUGGGCCGCUGAUGCUGCUUCAUCUUGGCAGCGUCCCAGUUCUUAUCGUCUCCUCCGCUGAGGCAGCUCAAGAAAUCUUGAAAACCAAUGAUCUCGCCUUCUCAAACAGGCCCAAAUCCACCAUCGCUCGCAAGAUUUUGUAUAAUUACAAGGACAUAGCUUUUGCUCCUUAUGGUGAGUAUUGGCGACAGAUCAGAAGCAUAUGCGUGCUCGAGCUUCUCAGCAGCAAGAGAGUGCAGUCUUUUCGCGCCGUGAGAGAAGAAGAAACUGCCCUUCUAAUUGACAAGAUCAAACAAUCUUGUUGUGCCGAUUCUUCAUCAGUGGUGAAUCUAAGUGAAAUACUUGCGGAGCAUACAAAUAACAUAGUGUGCAGUGUCGCGCUAGGGAGGAAGUACAGCGGCGACGUCGCCGGAGGGCAGAGCUUUAAAGAGCUUUUGGGGGAGUUAGUGGAGCUGUUGGGUGUGUUCAAUGUGGGGGACUACAUUCCAUGGCUUGGAUGGAUUGGCCAUUUGAAUGGGUGGUAUGGUAGAGCAGAUAAGGUUGCUAAGGUACUUGAUACUUUUUUGGACCUUGUGGUUCAAGAGCAUGCGGAGGGAAGUGAGAGAUAUAGAGGUCUCAAGAUUGAAGGUGACAGUCGACUUGAUUUUGUGGAUAUUUUGCUUCAAAUUCAGAGGGCUGGAGUUGUUGGCUUUCCUCUUCAUAAUGAUACCAUCAAAGCUCUCAUCUUGGAUGUGUUUGCAGCUGGAACCGAUACUACAUAUACAGCUUUAGAAUGGAUUAUGACAGAACUUUUAAGAAAUCCUAAAUCUAUGCAAAUACUAAAGAAAGAAGUGCGAGAAGCGGGCAAGGGCAAGCAAGGUGUAACUGAGUUGGACAUAGAAAAAAUCCCAUACUUGAAGGUUGUGAUAAAAGAAACUUUGCGUUUACACCCUCCAUUGCCUUUACUGGUUCCUCGAGAAUCAACCCAAAAUGUCAAAGUGAUGGGUCAUGAUAUAGCAGUUGGCACACAAGUAUAUAUAAAUGCUUGGACGAUUGGAAGGGAUCCACUAAUAUGGGAUGAGGCUGAAGAGUUCAAGCCAGAAAGGUUUUUGGAUUGUUCAACAGACUUCAAAGGAAAUCAUUUCGAGUUCAUUCCAUUUGGCGCUGGGCGAAGAGGUUGCCCAGGACUCCAAUUCGCCACGGCAGUGGAUGAACUUGCAUUGGCAAAUUUGGUCUUCAGAUUUGAUUUUGCCCUACCUGGUGGAGCAAGAGAAGACGAGUUGGACUUGAGUGAAAGUGCUGGGAUGACGGUUCACAAGAAGAUGCCUCUAUUAGCUAUUGUAUCACUAGCUUCUGUCUAGCGUUGUAUAUGCAUGUUUUACUUCUAUAACAUGUUCUAAUGUUUCUAGAUCAUCGUCAUUUUAUACAAAUAAAAAUUAAUUUACUUAA